AUGAUGGAAACUGAGGAUGAAAUUGCUAUUGUGGGGAUUGGAUGCCAUUUUCCGGGAGGUGAAGGAACUGAUAAAUUCUGGCAAGUGCUAGUAGAAGGAAGAAACUGUACAGUAGAAAUACCACCUGAGAGAUUUGAUACCAUAGACUGGUAUGACCCAGACAACAGCAAACCAGGAAAAACAAGCACAAAGCACGCAGCUUUAAUUGAAGAGUUUAAUGCAUUUGAUAAUAAGCUUUUUGGAAUUAAUGGAAUGGAAGCAGAACGAAUGGAUCCCCAGCAGAAACUGCUUUUAGAAUGCACCCAUAGAGCACUGGAAGAUGCAGGAGUUACUAGAGAAAAUAUGAGCAACACGAAAACUGGAGUUUUUGUUGGAAUGAUGAAUCGAGACUACGAGCUCCUGGGCAGCAAGGCCACUACUGGAAUAAACCAUUAUGACAGCACAGGGGCAGCAAUGAGCAUAGCGGCCAACCGGAUUUCCUACACUUUUAAUCUGACUGGGCCAUCCAUUGCUCUUGACACAGCAUGCUCCUCAUUCCACUAUGCAUUGCAUUUUGCCUCCCAUGCAAUUAAACAAGGGGACUGUGAAGCAGCUCUUUGUGGAGGAGUGAACUGUAUCAUAAAUCCUCGAACUUUUAUAACUCUUACCAAAGCAAAAAUGAUCUCAUCUGAUGGAAUGAGCAAACCCUUUUCAACAAAGGCAGAUGGCUAUGGAAGAGGAGAAGGCUGUGGUGUUCUUUUGCUCAAACCAUUCAAAAAGGCACAAGAAGAUUUUAACAAAAUAUGGGGAGUUAUCAGCAUCAGUGCUGUAAACCAGAAUGGAAGAUCUGUCACUCCCAUCACCAAACCAUCUCAACAGGAACAGGAAAACUUGCUACGCAGCAUUUAUCCAUCUCACAUCGAUCCAUCCAUGGUGCAAUAUAUCGAGGCUCAUGGCACAGGAACCCCAGCCGGAGAUCCCACUGAGGCUGAGAGUAUAGGCAACAUCAUUGGUAAAAAGAGGUCUCCUAAACUGCCCGCUCUCAAGAUGGGCUCCGUUAAAGGCAACAUCGGGCACACAGAGUCGGCUGCCGGGGCUGCAGGCUUAAUCAAGGUUCUUCUCAUGAUGCACCAUGAAAAGAUUGUCCCCUCCUUGCACUUUUCUGAGAGCACCAGCAGCAUUGAUACAAAGAAAUUACACCUCUCCAUACCAACCAGUCUGGAAAUGUGGGAGGAGUCUAGUGAAUUUGGCAGGGCAGCUGGGGUCAACUGUUUUGGAUUUGGGGGGACUAAUGCCCAUGUUGUUGUCAGACAGGUUAAACAACCGCAGGUUCUUCCCCCAGUCAAAAGGCUUGUUGAACUGUUUGUCCUUUCUGCGGCUUCAGGUCACUCUCUCAAACUGACACUGGAAGACACUGCUAGACGUGUGAACACAAGCGAGUCGGUAACACUCUCAAACGCAGCCUAUACAUCUGCGUGCAGGAGGAGCCAUCUCAACUUCAGAUACAGAAAAGCAUUUGUAGCAUCUUCUCUGCAGCAUUUAGAGCAGCAGCUUUUAUCUGCAGCUGAAGCUGCAGAAACGGAUCCAUCCAAGAAGGCUCCACAACUGAUCUUUGUCUUCUCUGGCAACGGCCUAAAUUUAAAAGGAACAUUCAAGACUUUGUGGAGAUCUGAACCAGUGUUCAGAGACAAAUGUCAAGAAAUAGAAAGAUUAUUCCAGCAAUGGAUAUCUCUUAGUGUACUAGAACUGACUGAAAGUGGGCACGAGAAUUUGACGAGGCCCGAAAUAGCCCAGCCUUUGCUCUUCAUCCUGCAGGUGGCCUUGGUGACUCUUCUGCAGCACUGGGGAAUUAAGCCAGCUGCUGCUGUGGGCCAUUCAGUUGGUGAGGUCGCUGCUGCCCAUUGUGCCGGCUUUAUUUCCCUGGAAGAUGCUGUCAAGGUCAUCUAUCACAGGAGCAGGUUACAGGCCAAGGUCACCGGAGGCAGAAUGCUGGUUGUUGGUAACAUCCCCAUUCAAGAGGUGUCAGAAGCCGUUGGAGUGUACUCUGGGAAGGUUUGCAUUGCAGCAUUUAACAGCCCUCAGUCUUGUACCUUGUCGGGAGAUGCAGAGUCCAUCAAUGCCAUUCAGAAGGAACUAGCUGAAAGCUUUGGUGGAAGAGAUGUAUUCCUUCAAGUUCUAAAUGUACCAGCUGCAUACCACAGUCAUAUGAUGGAUCCAGUACUACAUGAGUUGGCAGAAAGUCUGUCAGGAUUAAAGAAAGGAAAACCAGGAAUUGAUCUAAUUUCUACUGUAACAGGGAAGGCGGCUUCAGGUGGCGAUUUUGUCACAGGGAGCUACUGGGCCAGACACGCUCGAGAUCCCGUUUCAUUUGCCCCAGCCAUUCUGUCUUCAGUGGAAAACAAGCAAAACGUUGUGUUCAUUGAAAUUGGUCCCCACAGAGCAUUGCAGAGGAACAUUACUGAAACGUUAGGAAAGCAAACUAAAGUCUUUCCUUCCUUGCAAAUGGACAGAGAGUAUGAGGCACUUCUUGCACUCGUGAAAGGCCUGUUUGAACUGGGAGUCAAUCCAGAUUGGCCACAUCUCUAUGAUGGAUAUCAAAGCGUGCCAGCAAUGUAUCCCCGGUACCAAUUUGAUCAUAAGAAGCUGAACUCACACAUAAACAUGCUGCAACAACCAAUUCACGAAGCCUCAAACUUAAACCACCCUUUAAUUCACAGACUCAGUAAUGACAAUACAGAAUUCAGGUGUUCCAUAUCUAAGGCGCAAACAUCGUACGUCUAUGGACACAAGCACAAUGGUGUCACUUUAGUUCCUGGUGCCUUUUUUGUUGAACUUGCUUUAGCAGCUGUGAUGAGUAGCUCAAGACCAAAAGUCCCCUUAAAUUUCUGUCAGAUGAUGGUAAGGUUUACCUCACCAUGUGUUUUAAGUGAAGAGUCCCAUGAUUUGAAGAUCAAAGUGGAACUGCAAAAAGCAGUGAAAGAUUUCAAAAUACUCUCCCUGUCAGGAACAGUUUAUGCAUUGGGACAUGUCACAUGGAACCAGGAAAUAUCACUUGAAGAACAGAGUAUUUCUCGUACAGAUAUUUUUCAGCGGUGUAAAUCUUUGAUAAGCAGUGAUGAAAUUUAUGAAAUGUUAUCUUCCUUUGGAUUCCAGUAUGAUUCAAGAAUGAAGCAGAUCAAUGAUGUAUUUUAUUGUGAAGAACUGAAGGAAGCCAUUACAAUCAUUAAGGUGAACAAACAAACUGCAGUAGAAAUGCACGAAUAUUUUAUCCAUCCAAUACUCUUAGACUGUUUUCUGCAAAUGACAGGGGUGGUUACUACAAAAUCUUUCAAAAAUGGUGUAGGAUUUCCUUCUUCCAUAAGCAGCCUUAUAAUUGUCAGGCCCUUGGAAGAGGAAAUGUUGAUAUAUCUGAAAAUAAGCAAGUCUACCGAGAACUACUUAGAAUUCUGUGGAUGCUUUACAGAUAAACAUGGUUCCAUCUUAGCUGAGAUGAAAUGUGUUAGGAUUACUCUUAUGAAGGACACUUCCAAAAGUGACAAUGAUGUGCUGUUUGAAAAUAAAUGGAAGGAAAUACCUCAUUCCUACAUGAAACAAAACUCAGGAGAUGCACCCAAGGUAGCAGUGUUUGCUAAUAAAAUAGGAGUCUCUCAGCAGCUCAAAAAAAUCUUACAUAAAGAUUCUAGAUUUUUGAUGUAUGAAGACUGGGAGAACCAAUUGGAAGUCAGAAGCUUGGAAUCAUCUACACAGGCAAAAAUUAAACAGGAGCUGCAGGAUUACAACAAUGUUUUGUUUAUGUGGGGAAUCCAACGAUUAAAUGAAGGAGAUCCAGAUUCUGUAGUUGCAAAUUUAUCCAAAUGCUGUGAAGCUCUUCGACAACUUAUUAUUGCUUUGAAAGAGAAGAACACCCGUUGUUCCAUCAAGAUAAUCACAUACAGGGCUACAGAGAAGUCCGUAGACCACAUUAAUCCUGGCUUUGCUUUGUAUGGCAUGGUGCGUAGCUGUAUGAUGGAAGUUUCUGAAAUCACAUUUCAGAUUAUUGAUAUCAGCUCCACAAGCACUGUGGACAUCUCAGCCUUAGCAGAUGUUUUACUGGAAUAUGUGGCACCUAAUUCUGCUGAAGUUUGGAUUAAUCAGGGACGAAUUUACACUUCUGAAAUCAGACGGAGUCAUAUUAAUGAUUCAGCAUACACUCAUCCUUCUCAGUCUCUAAAAAAUUCUGGGAGUUUCACUCUUUACAUUUCUGACCCAUAUGAAGUGAGGGACUUAUUUGCUGAGCUGGAUGAUAACAUUGAUAUUCCUGUGGAUGACCACAGUGUAGAAAUUCAAACUGAAAAAAUUAGUCUCCAUUCUGAAGACUGCUUUCCUGUUAGUGUUUCCAGCUGUAACUUUGGGAAUACAUUAUACUGGAAUUCAGAGAUGGUUGAUAAACACAAGCUCUUGGCUCUGGACUGCAGCGGGAAAGUAGUUGCAACUGGCAGAAAAGUGAAAAGAGUCAAAGUAGGAGAUCAUAUUGCUUCAUGUUACCCAGUUACUGCAUCUUCCAGAAUCAGGAUCCCAGAGGUGGUUUGCUUUAACACUCAGAAAUUCCCAUGCUUUGAAACUGUGCCAUGUGUGUCCUUCUUUAGAAUAGCAUGGGAAAUUCUGCAUCAGACAUUGCCAGAAAUGAAGCAGAAGGGAUCUUUAGGCAUUAUUUCUACUGAACCAGAGUCAGUUGUGUGCAAAGUGAUGCAUCUGUCAGCUCAGGAAGCAGGAUGGAAAACCAUAUGCACAAGAUCUGACACUAAACUGGAGCAACGCAUUGAUCAAUGCAAUGCCCUUGUUUUCCUGCCUCCACUACAACGACUACCUGAAGAUGUUUUAGCUCAUCUUUCAUGCCUCCAGAAUGUAGUUGUGGUGUGCGGCAACCACCACUCUGACAGUCUGAGAUCUCUCGUUGGAAGAAGUCAUGAGAACUUUCAAGUUCAUGUUCUCACUCUGGCUAGCAUUUUCCAGAAGGCAUCUCUGAAGCAAUCUCAGAAAUCUUUCAUCGGCUGGAUGAAAUCAAUGAAACUGAAGCAGUUUAAGAAUUUACCAUGUUCGCUUUUUCAGCAUGCAAACAAUUGUGAGACUGUAGAUUCCGCAUUAUCGUAUUUUACAAGCAAAUCUAUCCUCCUCGCUGUGGUGAAAAGUGAAGUACAUAAUGGGGUCAUUUCAGACAUACCUGUAUAUGAAGUCAAGGAGAAACUAUUUAAGCAGAAUGCAGUUUACAUUGUCGUAGGGGGACUCACUGGGCUUGGCUUUGAAACAGUAAGAUUUAUCACUGAAAAUGGGGGAGGCGGCAUUGUAAUUCUUUCACGGAGAAAGCCAAGCGUUGAGAAGGAGAAAGAAAUAAGGGAUUUGCAGCAUCAGAGUAAAAAAAGCAAAAUAAUCAGUCUGCAAUGCAACAUCAUCUUUAGAUCUGACGUUGAGAAAGCUAUCAGGGCAACCAGCAAAAUCUUUCCCAAGUGCCCAAUCAAAGGGGUGUUUCACAGUGCUGUGGUUUUACAUGAUGGAUCCAUUGAAGCCUUGACUAUAUCCGAUUUUGAGGAAGUUUUCAGUCCUAAGGUUGCAGGAGCCAUUAAUCUUCACCAUGCUACUCAAGGGCAGGAUCUUGACUAUUUUGUAUGUUAUUCAUCAGUCGCUUCAUUUCUUGGAAAUUCAAUGCAAGCCAACUAUGCUGCGGCCAAUUCCUUCCUGGACCUUUUCUGCCAUUACAGAAGAAACUGUGGACUUGCAGGACAGUCCAUUAAUUGGGGUGCCUUGAAUCUUGGAUUACUGCAAAAUCAAAAUGAAAUUCAAAAUCUCUUGGAAUCAAAAGGUAUAACGAUUCUGCAAGUGAAUGAUUUUUAUCAAUAUCUUAAAAAAAGUUUAAUUCUGAACAAUCCUCAGCAAGCUGUUGUAAGGCUGAACUUCAAAACUUUGUACAAUCAUUUUAUUGCUCGAAAUCCAGCCCUCAGAAGCCGCAUGUAUACAGUCGUGACAGAAGUACUCAGUACUUUUGAGCUUUCAGAACAAACUGUGACCAACAAUUUGGCUCCAGUAAUAUCGGAAGAUUAUAUCAAGUCAUUGUUAAGUCAACUCAGUAAUGCAGAUCCAAAUGACAUUACCAUGGAUACAUCACUUUUAUCCCUUGGCAUAGAUUCUAUGUUAGCCAUGACUCUGCAGAAUCGUAUUUUCCAGGAACAAGAAGUAGAUAUACCACUUGUGAAAUUACUUGAACCUAAUACCACAGUUCUUUCUUUAGUAUCGAUUUUGCAUGAAAGAGCUAAGGAAAACAAAAAACCUAGGAGACAAUACCAUAUGAAACAGGAUACUGAAGGAGAAAGCUGGAAUACUUAUUUGUAA